CUGGGGUUUGCGCACAGCUGCCACUCAUGCUGAGCGAGACUCCGCACCCGCUAGGCGAGCGUUGGGGUGCAAGGAUUGGGGAAGGAGGGGGAAAGGGAACAGGCCAUGCGAUUCCUGUUGCGCGGCUACGCAUGACGAGUUCUUGUGAACGAUGGGAAUGGCAACUAUCAGAGCUAAGGGGGAGAAAAAGAGCUGGAGUGAGCAAAACAAAGAGCGAGUGUGGGCCGCGGUGACUUCAUGCCUCACCAAUGUCCCGCCCACGCUGCUUCGAGCUGUUGCUGCUGCUGCCGCCGGAGCCUCCGCCGCGCCUGCGGGCGGCCGGGGCGAGGCGCUCGGUAGCGUGGGGCGGUUUCCUAGCAACUCGCGGCCCCGAGCGCGCGUAGCUAUGUGCACAUCGGGAGCCACCCCCGUGGGCCGGGGCAGGACCACUCCUCCCCCGCCCCUCGCCAGCCUCGUCUCCCUCGCAUCCUCGCCGGGUGCACCCCAGAGCGCGCCAGCUGCCCGGGCUCUGGACGGCGGGACGCCUGAGCCGCACACUGGGGCCAAAAGGCGAGGGCACGAAGCUCCCGCCCCGCGAGGCCGGGCUCCUGCACCCCCGCAGAACCUCCCCUCCUGCGCUCGCGGCGGUGCGCUCCACCCCCGGCCAAGCAGGGAGCUGCGAUGCCUCGCUCUGUGUCCGCGGGCGCCGGCGGGGGCUUCUAAGGCGCUCCCGGAGCCGCCUCCCCCGGCCGCUGGCACCCGGAGCUUCCUCCCUCGCCAGCCAGGACGCUGCCGCUUCGAUUUUGCCCGCUGCUCGGCUGACGAGGUUGCAAAGCUGCAACUAAGUGGAGUUGGCCUCCCUGCCCACCUGUGGAAGAAGCUCGCGCUGAUUGAUGCGCCAUCGACUUUUUUCCCCUUCGGCCUCGCCGGCGUCCCCUCCCACAGAUGCAGCAUCACCCAGUGAAUGUACAUUAGGCUGGUUUUUCCCCCCAGCUUCAGGCUUUGUUUGGGUUUGAUUGUGUUUGGUUCUUCGCUAAGCUGAUUUAUGCAGCAGAAGCCCCAUCGGCUGGAGAGAAACAAAAGCUCUUUUCUUUGUCCCAGAGCGGGCUGCAGAGCCUUCGCUCGCGUCGCCGCCCCGGGCCAUUGGCCGUCGGAGGAGGUGCUUCGCGCGGAGAUCGCGGGACCCGCCGUGCUGAGCUGGGAGGGCCGCGGGGGCCCUGACAUGCCGAGCGGUGCCCGGGCCAGCGUACCUGCACCGCUUGCUUCGAGCCGCGGGGUCCGCCUGCCGGGCCUGCGGGAAACGUCCUAGCGACACUUGGCCCGCGUGCCCCGAGGUGCGCCCGGGAGGCGCAAGCGCGCAUCCGGAGAGCAGCCAGGCAGCGGGCGCGGUGCUGGCUGCUUUGCAUUAUGUGCCGCCCGGCCCUGGCUUUUUUUACUGCCGCAUUUGUCUGCCUGCAAAACUGCCGGCCAGGUCCUGCCCCAUUCCUCCGGGCGGCCUGGGUGUUUUCAGUUGCUCUUGGACUGGGCCAAAGUGAAGACAAUAGAUGUACAUCUUCGAAUGCAGCGUCCUGCACCAAGUGCCUUGCACUGGGUCCGGAAUGUGGAUGGUGUGCUCAAGAGGAUUUCAUUUCAGGUGGAUCAAGGAGUGAACGUUGUGAUAGUGUUUCCAAUUUGAUAAGCAAGGGCUGCUCAGUUGAUUCAAUAGAAUACCCAUCUGUGCAUGUAAUACCAAGUGAAAAUGAAAUUAAUACCCAGGUGACACCAGGAGACGUGUUGAUCCAGCUGCGUCCAGGAGCUGAAGCUAAUUUUAUGCUGAAAAUUCAUCCUCUGAAGAAAUAUCCUGUGGAUCUUUAUUAUCUGGUCGAUGUCUCAGCAUCAAUGCACAAUAAUAUUGAAAAAUUAAAUUCCGUUGGAAAUGAUUUAUCUAGAAAAAUGGCAUUUUUCUCCCGUGACUUUCGCCUUGGAUUUGGCUCAUAUGUUGAUAAAACAGUUUCACCGUACAUUAGCAUCCACCCGGAAAGGAUUCAUAAUCAAUGCAGUGACUACAAUUUAGACUGUAUGCCUCCCCAUGGAUACAUCCAUGUGCUGUCUUUGACGGAGAACAUCACUGAGUUUGAAAAAGCAGUACACAGACAGAAGAUCUCUGGAAAUAUAGAUACACCUGAAGGAGGUUUUGAUGCCAUGCUUCAGGCAGCUGUCUGUGAGAGUCAUAUUGGAUGGCGAAAAGAAGCUAAAAGAUUGCUGCUGGUGAUGACAGAUCAGACAUCUCAUCUUGCUCUUGAUAGCAAAUUGGCAGGCAUAGUGGUGCCAAAUGACGGCAACUGCCACCUGAAAAACAACGUCUACGUCCGAUCAACAAGCAUGGAACAUCCCUCACUAGGCCAACUUUCAGAAAAGUUAAUAGACAACAACAUUAAUGUCAUCUUUGCAGUUCAAGGAAAACAGUUUCAUUGGUAUAAGGACCUUCUACCCCUCUUGCCUGGCACCAUUGCUGGUGAAAUAGAAUCAAAGGCUGCGAACCUCAAUAAUUUGGUAGUAGAAGCCUAUCAGAAACUCAUUUCAGAAGUGAAAGUUCAGGUGGAAAACCAGGUAAAAGACGUCUAUUUUAACAUUACUGCCAUCUGUCCAGAUGGGACCAGACAGCCAGGCACAGAUGGAUGCAGAAAUGUGACAAGCAAUGAUGAGGUUCUUUUCAAUGUAACAGUUACAAUGAAAAAAUGUGAUGUCACAGGAGGAAAAAGCUAUGCAAUAAUCAAACCUAUUGGUUUCAAUGAAACCACUAAAAUUCAUAUACACAAAAACUGCAGCUGUCAGUGUGAUGACAGCAGAGGACCUAAAAGAAAAUGCGUAGAUGAAACUUUUCUAGAUGCCAAGUGUUUCCAGUGCGAUGAAAAUAAAUGCCAUUUUGAUGAAGAUCAAUUUCCUUCUGAGAGUUGCAAGUCACACAAGGAUCAACCUGUUUGCAGUGGUCGAGGAGUUUGUAUUUGUGGGAAAUGUUUAUGUCACAAAAUUAAGCUUGGAAAAGUAUAUGGAAAAUACUGUGAAAAGGAUGACUUUUCUUGUCCAUAUCACCAUGGAAAUCUGUGUGCUGGGCAUGGAGAGUGUGAAGCAGGCAGAUGCCAGUGCUUCAGUGGCUGGGAAGGGGAUCGGUGCCAGUGCCCAUCAGCAUCAGCCCAACACUGUGUCAACCCAAAGGGCCAAGUGUGUAGUGGAAGAGGCACAUGUGUAUGUGGCAGGUGUGAGUGCACCGAUCCCAGGAGCAUUGGCCGCUUCUGUGAACACUGCCCCACAUGUCACACAGCCUGCAGUGAAAACUGGAAUUGUGUGCAAUGCCUUCACCCUCAUAACCUGUCUCAAGCUUUACUUGAUCGGUGUAAAACCUCAUGUGCUCUCAUGGAACAGCAUUAUGCAGACCAAACAUCAGAAUGUUUCUCUAGCCCAAGCUACUUGAGAAUAUUUUUCAUCAUCUUCAUAGUUACAUUCUUGAUUGGGUUGCUUAAAGUCCUUAUCAUUAGACAGGUGAUACUACAAUGGAACAGUAAUAAAAUUAAGUCCUCGGCAGAUUACAGGGUGUCAGCCUCAAAAAAGGACAAGUUGAUUCUGCAAAGUGUUUGCACAAGAGCAGUAACCUACCGACGUGAGAAACCUGAAGAAAUAAAAAUGGAUAUCAGCAAAUUAAAUGCUCAUGAAACUUUCAGGUGCAACUUUUAAAAGAUAAAAAGUACUUUAUGGGAAACUGGAUUUUUAGAAAUUGCUCCUAAAAAUUAUAAUUUUAGAAGUCACAGGAGGAGAGAAAUUGUUCUAGAUCAUGCUGGUUGCUGGUUGUCCACUCGAAUGAAGACUGAUAAGCAUCCUCAUCAUCAUGUGACUCACAUCGCUGCUGAAUUUUUCAGAGAAAAAUGUGUCUUACUACUGUUUGAGACUAGUGUCAUUGUAGCACUUUACUGUAAUAUAUAACUUAUUUAGAUCAGCAUAGAAUGUAGAUCAUCUGAAGAGCACUGAUUACACUUUACAGGUACCUGCCAUUCCUGCGCUUCCCAGAGAGAGACAAUGCUGUGAGAUAGUUUUGGCAUUGUGUCACUACAAGGGUACAAUAAUCCCUGCACCGAACAUGCAGAUGAAAAAAAUAAUAAGGCAGUUAUACUAAUGUUGCCAAACACUUCAACAAUUGGCAGUGAAUAGACAAGAACGGCUAGAUGAAUAAUGGUUAGUGUUCACUCAUUCAGGAGGUGAACAGAUAGAAUCUUAAUCUUGAGGGAUACUGCUUUUGAAACUGUGUAGUUUUAUGCAUGUGUGUUUAUGUUUUCUUCUUUUUACAAGAUGGAUACUAAUACCCACAUUCUCUCCUUUUUUGCCUUUAUAUUUUGGUUUUCUUUCUUACAGGAUAAGUUUAUAUGUGUCACAGAUGACUGGAUUACAUAAGUGCUAAGUUACUACUGCCAUAACAAACUAAUAAUACAAUGUCACUUUAUUAGAAUACUGGCUUUAAAAGCUGAAUAUUUAAUAAGGGACACUGUCAAGUAACAUCAAAAUCUGAACAGCUUUGUUGUUUGCAGAUGUGGAGUUUUCUAUCUUUUUACCUGGCAAACUGGAUGGAUUGUUUCACCAUUUCAUUUAUCUAAUCAUCAGGUUGAAAUUAACAAGAUAUUUGGAAACUCUGCCUCAAACAAAGUGCCACACUUUUGAAUGAGUUUUCUCAGAUAUUUUCUCCAAGUUGAUAUCAGCAUUUCUCACAUUAAAAGCUAUAUUAUUUCUGCCCUUCAGUGAAGCCUAAGGACAUUCUUUCCCUGAAUGACCUCAACCCUACUCACCAGAAUUCUAAAAGUAUGCAAUUGGAGGAGGAUAGACAAUAUCCUAGAAAUAAGCUAAUUCACCCUUUUAGUUAGUCAGGGAACUGAGGCUCAGAAAGUUUAAAUGAUUUCUCAAAAACCACCCAAGUGAUUAAGUGACAGCAUUUGAAGAGAACUUCUAUCGUCUUAUUGCCAGGCCAGUGUUCAUUGCACAGUAUCAUGCUACCUCUUAAAUCGUCAAAAUGUUCAACUGGCAAGUAUUUUUAAAUGAGAUUUACUGAAGUCUUAAGUAUAUGGGCAUGAGAAAAUUUCAAAGCAAAGCAGAAAAGAGUAAUUCAAACUGAAUCGUCCAUGACUGGCUUCCCAUCUUUCCUGCUAAUCAGCUUCUAAGAGACUGCAGCACAGCCUAACUACAGGGAAACCCAUUCACACCAUCGCCUGUGUGAACAGUGCUCCCUGGAGUUGUGCAGUGCUCAGCCCAAGAGCUUGAUACUACAGAGCCCAUAAACUUUUAUCUUCCCCAAUGGAAACUUCUUCACAAUUACCAUAUCCCUACAGACUUAUUCAGUCUGAUUUUAUUGACUAGAAGUCCAACAGUCCUGUGUGCAGUACAGAGCUUUGCCUAUGA